AUGAAAAAAGAAUUCAAGGAAUACAAUGAGAAAUAUUUUCGAAAUAUUCAAUUUAUUUACGAUUUUUUGGAAAAAGUUGGAAUGAAAAAUAGUUUAGAGGUCCUGAAAAAUGAAAGCAAAAUAAAUUACGUAAAGGAAUAUGACAAAUAUUUCUUAGAGAAUUAUACCAACUGCAACUCUGGUGAUGAAGUGGAUACAUGUGAUAACAACGCUGCAGAAAGUUUAAGCAAUAACCGAAAUGGCAACCUGAGUGAUGCCCAAAGUGACAAUUUAAGUGACGAUUUAGAAAUAGAUCAAGAUUUUUUUAUUCAUACAAUUGACAAAAUGAAUAAUUCAGUUUUAUGCAAAGCCAUAGAUAGUUUCGAAAACACAGUAAAAAGUAGUAACAGCAUUAACAAACAAUUGAAUGAAAAUGAGAAAAAAGAAGAUGUUUCUUAUACACCAAAAGGCACCUUUUGCAUAAACAGGGAUAUUUUUGCCGAUUAUAAAAUAAGCCACACAUCAUUGCCUGGUGAUAAAGAUGUAAUAACUAAAAAUGAAAAACAAAGCGAUGAAUGUAAUGAGGAUAUUAUAAAAGAUGACGACACAAAUCAGGAUUCAAAAGUAAACAGUUGUGAAAAAAGAGAAGAAAUGUCAAAACCCCACAAUGACAACGAAAAUUGCAAAAUUAAAGAUGUAUGCACUUUAAAAAAAAUAUCUGAAAAUAUGAAGGAUAUGUCAACAGUGACCAAAAGAAAUUUCAAGUUUCCUCAAUUAGGGAAUGGUAAUAUACCAAUAGGAAUAAAAACCAAACUUGAUUUAACACGAUAUGGAAAAUCGAACUUUAAAGUCGUAGAAAAUGCGCUAAAAAAUAAGGAAAAUAUAGUCAAGGACAAAAGAAAUAUCAACAUUUUCCCGUAUAACUUUGAAGGAGAAAAUGACACAGAUUUAUUUAAUGAGAAAGGAAAAUUAUGUACCCUACAUAGCGAAAAAAGUAUAUAUCUUAACGGUGAAAGUUGUAAAAGUGGAAUCACAAACGGUACUGUCGUCAAAGGUGGAAAGGACGAAGAUAGCUGGGAUAACUACUUCACAUACGAAAGAGAAAUAUGUAAAGAAUUAAAAGUUAAAUAUAUGAGCAGCUCAACGAGAAAAAAUGAAGAAAGUAACAGUGAUGAUAACUACAUAGGAUCAGCAUCGAACAUUCUAGUUCUUAAGUACAUAGAUAUAUACAACCUGGACACGUGCCAAAAUAUGAGAUUUGAAAAUAUAAUUUUUUUUAAAAAUUUUUUCCCUAUAUUGGUGCUGGUAGGGCAUGCAGAUGGAAAUGUGAAACUUCUUCUAAUACUUUAUGAAAAAAGUGAUAAUGAAAAAAACUCUGAAGAAUGUAUUCAUAUAUGUAAAGAAUUAGACCAUUUAUCUUUAAGUUCACCAAUAAUGUAUAUCGAUAUUAAUUAUAAAGACAAUAUAUUCAUUGUGUCAACCAUGAAUGGAGAUAUAUAUAUAUGCAAAAUAAAUAUGAAUAAUCUUUCGAUUUUAACAGAAAAUGUUGAAUUAAAUCAGUCUAUUGAUGAUAUAAAAAAUAAUGUAAAAACAGAUGAAAAAUAUAUUAGUAUAGUAAGAAACUUAACAUACCAUAAUAAAUAUUCUAUCAAGUGUGUAUUUAAUGAGGAUUAUUCCCUAUUUUGCUCAAUAGCAAAUGACAAAAAUUUAAUUAUUUAUGAAAAGAUUAUAUGUGAAAAUGAAUUAUCUGUAAUUUAUGAAAAAAAAAAAGUUAUAGGAUUACCUGAAAUACCAACAAGUGUGUUAUGGGUUAAAGAAAAUAAUAUCAAAGAAACGAUAAUUAUUAGUAUGCUGAACAGUAAUAAUAUACUAUGUAUAAAUAGCAAAACAUAUAAUAUAGAAAAUAAAAUAUAUUUAUUCGAUGAAUUAGAAAAAUAUAACAUCCUCAAUUUAGAAUAUAAUAAAAUUAAAAAUAUAUUAGUUAUAUGUACAGACACUUCCAUAAUAUUUGUUUAUUCAUUUAUUAAAAAGUCCAUCAUAAGAAAAAUUUAUGGGUGUGUUUUAAAUUCUCUUUCUUUUCCAACCAUAGAGGUUGAUAUCAAUGGAAAUAAUAUUUACAUUACAUCUGAUGAUAAGGCUAAUGGUACUCAUAUUUUAAUUUUUGACAUAAAAAGCGGAAACAUUAUAGAUGUUAUAAAUAACGGUUAUAAAAUUAGAUGCUUUCAAUUAUUAAAAAGUUAUAUUUGCCCAUUUUCCAGUGAAACGAAUUCAAACAAUAUUGAAGAGAAUAAAAAAUCUUUGCUUAUAUUAGGAUCCUUUGAUAAGAAAAUACACUUCUAUUCUAACUGA